AUGGUCGAUUCAAGCGUAUGCGUAGUUGUCAAAAACUCGCACUUAAACGAAACACAUUUUAUUAAUAAUGUCGACGCCUCCACACAUUUUCACGACUUGUUAUUAAACUACUGCAGAAAUCAUCGCUUGGACUUCAAACGUUUCGUAUUUCUUAUUCCCUGUGAGGAAUUUCACCAACAAGCCUUCUCCUGGAGGGUCGCUUCUCCAUCAACACGAAUAUCAGAGUGUCUUUUUAAUUCAAAAAUUGCGUCAUUUUCUAAUUCAUUCAUUCCUGAGGAACGCCGACUCUAUGUACAAUGUGUUCCCAAACAAGAUGUUUCACAGUUUGUUUCCUGGAACAAUUGUCUAUCAAGCAAGUUUUCAAAAUCUUCCAGAGUUCACUCCGAAAUCACAAAGUCGUCGGUACCACACCGCAUCGGCAGGAAAAAGAGGAAGGCACCCGAUGCACCACCCCCUAGAUUAAACCAAAGUCAUAAGGGCUCUUAUGCGUCGGAUGAUUACACUCAACUUAGCCAACAGGAUAGCGCUAUCGGCACGGAAUUUGGAGGUGUAAAUUACCGACUUUCAUCAGAAAACCUCUCACAGACCAGUUCUCAAUGGAGCAUAGAUGAGGAUCAUCUGUUGACAACCUCAUUCUCAGCGAUAACCAUAAAAUCAGGGGAGAAUGUUUUUGAAGAAGCCUCCAUCUCGGAGAAUUUUUUCACACCAAAAGCACCUACGCCGAAUCGGGUUGGGAAUGAAUUUGUUUCCGGCUCCUUGGCAAAGAAAUCCCAGAGAGCACCAAGUCUGCCCUCCCUUACGGUGGUAAAAGAAGUUGCUCCUCGUGUCACGGAGGAACGUUCAUCAAGCGAUAAAAAUUCGGUUGAUACUAAUUGUAUCGUGCGAGGGGAUGAACAAAUAAGAAAUUUAGAAAUUCCUCCUGUCAAAGCUACCCAGGAAAGUGCUCCUCUAGGCGCUGCCCAACACUCCUCCCAUACGGCAGCAUCAACACCAGCUCUAGCAUCUGCUACACGAAAGGCAUCGACCAUGCAGAAUUCCAUGGAACCUGAAGGCCAGUCCAGAUCCUACUUGAUAGAAGACCAAUUGAAGCAAGCUCGAUUGUCCCUCAAAUCAAUCCCACGGCAAAAGGUCGCCACGUUGCCUCUAAGAGAGGUCGAUGAGGAGAAUCGCCCCACCGUUCUCUCCAGUUGUGACCGAUCAGAGAAAAAAGACUGGAACUCCCCACUUUGCUUCAAGGACAGGCGGUCUGGGGUGCUCAGCUUCAUGAUAUCCGACAAGUGA